AUGCGCGGCGGCGCCAGGUCGUGCCACCGCUUCUACCGCUGGCUCGUUCUCCGCAACUCGUUCUCUUCCCCGCCUGACCUCCUCCCCGCUCUCACCCCUCGCUCCGUUCAUCCUUCCGCUCCUCCGCCGCUCUUCCCGCCGAUUCCGCGCACCGUCUUUGCGGCCUCUACUAGCCCCGGCUUUGAGGCGUCGCAUAAACCGACGCCGUCGCGCACCGCCUUUCCCUCAAGUACCGCAUCCCAGCCGCCCACGUGGAUCGCCGGACACGUCAGCAACAACGACUACAUCCCGGGAGCGGCCGUUUAUAAUCUCAGGAACCUCAAAAAUGCCACCUGCGGCGCCGGAGGAGGCGGCUAUGAUCGGCGGUACGGCGGAAAGCAGCAGGCGCGCGGAUAUGCGCAGCAGACAAGGGGAGGGCGGCCGCGCACGCCCAUGGCGGUGCCGUUUCAGGUUACACCUGAGGAGGCCCGGGCUCUGUUGCGAGAACACCUGACGGGACACCUGCUGGCGCCCGCCAUUGCUGACGUGGACUCGUCUGUGGCUCUUAGUGCCGUGUUCCAGCCGUUCUGGACCUUCACUGCUGACGUGGAAGUGGCGUACAGGGCGAAUGUGGGGAAGGCGUCAUCUGCCAUGGCGUGGAACCCUUACAGCCGGCGAUGGGAGCAGGUGAGUCACGAAGAUGGGGGGGAGAGGGCUGUAACAGGAGGGAGAGAGGAGAGACGCCAUGGCAGGAGGGGAAUGGCAGGAGCAGAAUGGCGCGAGGGUGGGGAGCAUGAGGAGCAGCAGGAGGCGAGAGAGGGGAUUGGGGGGAUAGGGGGAGGAUGGGGGGAGGGAAGGAGAAGUCUGAUCGUGUCCGCUCUCCUUCUUUUCCCAUCGGCCACUCUCCUGCUCGUGUCCGCUCUCCUUCUGUUCCCAUCGGCCACUCUCCUGCUCGUGUCCGCUCUCCUUCUGUUCCCAUCGGCCACUCUCCUGCUCGUGUCCGCUCUCCUUCUGUUCCCAUCAGCCACUCUCCUGCUCGUGUCCGCUCUCCUUCUGUUCCCAUCGGCCACUCUCCUGCUCGUGUCCGCUCUCCUUCUGUUCCCAUCGGCCACUCUCCUGCUCGUGUCCGCUCUCCUUCUGUUCCCAUCGGCCACUCUCCUGCUCGUGUCCGCUCUCCUUCUGUUCCCAUCGGCCACUCUCCUGCUCGUGUCCGCUCUCCUUCUGUUCCCAUCGGCCACUCUCCUGCUCGUGUCCGCUCCCUCUGUCUUCCACCCUCUCUCCCCUGCACCGUCUCGUCCCUCCGCCCUCUUUUCCCUCCGCCCUCUUUUCCCUCCACCCUCUCUCCCCUCCACCCUCUCUUCCCUCCACCUUCUCUCUCGUUCCCUCACUCCCUCCUCCGACUCCCCCUCCAUCGCCUUCUCCCCACCAAUCCCACCACACAGUGUGGCAGACCACCUCUCUUGGUCCCCUCCCUUCAAGAUUCUAUUUUACCUCUUUCCGUCUCCCUUUCUACCCCCCUCUCCCCACCACUUCCCCCCUCCCUCCCCCUCUCCCCCCUCCCCCUCUCCCCCCUUCCUCUCCCCUCCCUCCCACCAGCACCGCCACACCGUAUGGCAGGCCACCCCCUGGCUCUCUCACCCCUUCUUCCCUGCUCACCCCUUCUUCCCUGCUCACCCCUUCUUCCCUGCUCACCCAUUCUUCCCUGCUCACCCAUUCUUCCCUGCUCACCCAUUCUUCCCUGCUCACCCAUUCUUCCCUGCUCACCCCUUCUUCCCUGCUCACCCCUUCUUCCCUGCUCACCCCUUCUUCCCUGCUCACCCCUUCUUCCCUGCUCACCCAUUCUUCCCUGCUCACCCAUUCUUCCCUGCUCACCCCUUCUUCCCUGCUCACCCAUUCUUCCUUGCUCACCCCUUCUUCCCUGCUCAACCCUUCUUCCCUGCUCACCCCUUCUUCCCUGCUCACCCCUUCUUCCCUGCUCAACCCUUCUUCCCUGCUCACCCCUUCUUCCCUGCUCACCCCUUCUUCCCUGCUCACCCCUUCUUCCCUGCUCACCCCUUCUUCCCUGCUCACCCCUUCUUCCCUGCUCACCCCUUCGUCCCUGCUCACCCCUUCUUCCCUGCUCAACCCUUCUUCCGUGCUCACCCCUUCUUCCCUGCUCACCCCUUCUUCCCUGCUCACCCAUUCUUCCCUGCUCACCCCGUCUUCCCUGCUCAACCCUUCUUCCCUGCUCACCCAUUCUUCCCUGCUCACCCAUUCUUCCCUGCUCACCCCUUCUUCCCUGCUCACCCAUUCUUCCCUGCUCACCCCUUCUUCCCUGCUCACCCCUUCUUCCCUGCUCACCCCUUCUUCCCUGCUCACCCAUUCUUCCCUGCUCACCCAUUCUUCCCUGCUCACCCCUUCUUCCCUGCUCACCCCUUCUUCCCUGCUAACCCCUUCUUCCCUGCUCACCCAUUCUUCCCUGCUCACCCCUUCUUCCCUGCUAACCCCUUCUUCCCUGCUCACCCAUUCUUCCCUGCUCACCCAUUCUUCCUUGCUCACCCCUUCUUCCCUGCUCACCCCUUCUUCCCUGCUCACCCCUUCUUCCCUGCUCACCCCUUCUUCCCUGCUCAACCCUUCUUCCCUGCUCACCCCUUUUUCCCUGCUCACCCCUUCUUCCGUGCUCACCCCUUCUUCCCUGCUCAACCCUUCUUCCCUGCUCACCCCUUCUUCCCUGCUCACCCAUUCUUCCCUGCUCACCCCUUCUUCCCUGCUCACCCCUUCUUCCCUGCUCACCCAUUCUUCCCUGCUCACCCCUUCUUCCCUGCUCACCCAUUCUUCCCUGCUCACCCCUUCUUCCCUGCUCACCCCUUCUUCCCUGCUCACCCCUUCGUCCCUGCUCACCCCUUCUUCCCUGCUCAACCCUUCUUCCGUGCUCACCCCUUCUUCCCUGCUCACCCCUUCUUCCCUGCUCAACCCUUCUUCCGUGCUCACCCCUUCUUCCCUGCUCACCCCUUCGUCCCUGCUCACCCCUUCUUCCCUGCUCACUCCUUCUUCCCUGCUCACCCCUUCGUCCCUGCUCACCCCUUCUUCCCUGCUCACCCCUUCUUCCCUGCUCACCCCUUCGUCCCUGCUCACCCCUUCUUCCCUGCUCACCCCUUCUUCCCUGCUCACCCAUUCUUCCCUGCUCAACCCUUCUUCCCUGCUCACCCCUUCUUCCCUGCUCACCCAUUCUUCCCUGCUCAACCCUUCUUCCCUGCUCACCCCUUCUUCCCUGCUCACCCCUUCUUCCCUGCUCAACCCUUCUUCCCUGCUCACCCCUUCUUCCCUGCUCAACCCUUCUUCCCUGCUCACCCCUUCUUCCCUGCUCACCCCUUCUUCCCUGCUCACCCCUUCUUGCCUGCUCAACCCUUCUUCCCUGCUCACCCCUUUUUCCCUGCUCACCCCUUCUUCCCUGCUCACCCCUUCUUCCCUGCUCACCCCUUCGUCCCUGCUCACCCCUUCUUCCCUGCUCACCCCUUCUUCCCUGCUCAACCCUUCUUCCCUGCUCACCCCUUUUUCCCUGCUCACCCCUUCUUCCCUGCUCACCCCUUCGUCCCUGCUCACCCCUUCUUCCCUGCUCACCCCUUCUUCCCUGCUCACCCCUUCUUCCCUGCUCACCCCUUCUUCCCUGCUCACCCCUUCUUACCUGCUCACCCCUUCUUCCCUGCUCAACCCUUCUUCCCUGCUCACCCCUUUUUCCCUGCUCACCCCUUCUUCCCUGCUCACCCAUUCUUCCCUGCUCACCCAUUCUUCCCUGCUCACCCCUUCUUCCCUGCUCAACCCUUCUUCCCUGCUCACCCAUUCUUCCCUGCUCACCCAUUCUUCCCUGCUCACCCCUUCUUCCCUGCUCACCCAUUCUUCCCUGCUCACCCCUUCUUCCCUGCUCACCCCUUCUUCCCUGCUCACCCCUUCUUCCCUGCUCACCCCUUCUUCCCUGCUCAACCCUUCUUCCGUGCUCACCCCUUCUUCCCUGCUCACCCAUUCUUCCCUGCUCACCCAUUCUUCCCUGCUCACCCCGUCUUCCCUGCUCAACCCUUCUUCCCUGCUCACCCAUUCUUCCCUGCUCACCCAUUCUUCCCUGCUCACCCCUUCUUCCCUGCUCACCCAUUCUUCCCUGCUCACCCCUUCUUCCCUGCUCACCCCUUCUUCCCUGCUCACCCCUUCUUCCCUGCUCACCCAUUCUUCCCUGCUCACCCAUUCUUCCCUGCUCACCCCUUCUUCCCUGCUCACCCCUUCUUCCCUGCUAACCCCUUCUUCCCUGCUCACCCAUUCUUCCCUGCUCACCCCUUCUUCCCUGCUAACCCCUUCUUCCCUGCUCACCCAUUCUUCCCUGCUCACCCAUUCUUCCUUGCUCACCCCUUCUUCCCUGCUCACCCCUUCUUCCCUGCUCACCCCUUCUUCCCUGCUCACCCCUUCUUCCCUGCUCAACCCUUCUUCCCUGCUCACCCCUUUUUCCCUGCUCACCCCUUCUUCCCUGCUCACCACUUCUUCCCUGCUCAACCCUUCUUCCCUGCUCACCCAUUCUUCCCUGCUCACCCCUUCUUCCCUGCUCACCCAUUCUUCCCUGCUCACCCCUUCUUCCCUGCUCACCCCUUCUUCCCUGCUCACCCCUUCUUCCCUGCUCACCCCUUCGUCCCUGCUCACCCCUUCUUCCCUGCUCAACCCUUCUUCCGUGCUCACCCCUUCUUCCCUGCUCACGCCUUCGUCCCUGCUCACCCCUUCGUCCCUGCUCAACCCUUCUUCCGUGCUCACCCAUUCUUCCCUGCUCACCCCUUCUUCCCUGCUCACCCCUUCUUCCCUGCUCACCCCUUCUUCCCUGCUCACCCCUUCGUCCCUGCUCACCCCUUCUUCCCUGCUCACCCCUUCUUCCCUGCUCACCCCUUCUUCCCUGCUCACCCCUUCGUCCCUGCUCAACCCUUCUUCCCUGCUCACCCCUUCUUCCCUGCUCACCCAUUCUUCCCUGCUCACCCCUUCUUCCCUGCUCAACCCUUCUUCCCUGCUCACCCAUUCUUCCCUGCUCACCCAUUCUUCCCUGCUCACCCCUUUUUCCCUGCUCACCCAUUCUUCCCUGCUCACCCCUUCUUCCCUGCUCACCCCUUCUUCCCUGCUCAACCCUUCUUCCCUGCUCACCCAUUCUUCCCUGCUCACCCAUUCUUCCCUGCUCACCCCUUUUUCCCUGCUCACCCCUUCUUCCCUGCUCACCCAUUCUUCCCUGCUCACCCAUUCUUCCCUGCUCACCCCUUUUUCCCUGCUCACCCCUUCUUCCCUGCUCACCCCUUCUUCCCUGCUCAACCCUUCUUCCCUGCUCACCCCUUUUUCCCUGCUCACCCCUUCUUCCCUGCUCACCCAUUCUUCCCUGCUCACCCAUUCUUCCCUGCUCACCCAUUCUUCCCUGCUCACCCCUUCUUCCCUGCUCACCCAUUCUUCCCUGCUCACCCAUUCUUCCCUGCUCACCCCUUCUUCCCUGCUCACCCCUUCUUCCCUGCUCACCCAUUCUUCCCUGCUCACCCAUUCUUCCCUGCUCACCCCUUCUUCCCUGCUCACCCCUUCUUCCCUGCUCACCCCUUCUUCCCUGCUCACCCCUUCUUCCCUGCUCACCCCUUCUUCCCUGCUCACCCAUUCUUCCCUGCUCACCCAUUCUUCCCUGCUCACCCCUUCUUCCCUGCUCACCCAUUCUUCCCUGCUCACCCAUUCUUCCCUGCUCACCCCUUCUUCCCUGCUCACCCCUUCUUCCCUGCUCACCCCUUCUUCCCUGCUCACCCCUUCUUCCCUGCUCACCCCUUCUUCCCUGCUCACCCAUUCUUCCCUGCUCACCCCUUCUUCCCUGCUCACCCCUUCUUCCCUGCUCACCCCUUCUUCCCUGCUCACCCCUUCUUCCCCUUCUCACCCCUUCUGUUCGAGGGGCGAACACGAACACGUUCGUGUUCGCCACUUGCUCAUCCCUAUUCCCUGCUCACCCCUUCUUCCCUGCUCACCCCUUCUUCCCUGCUCACCCAUUCUUCCCUGCUCACCCAUUCUUCCCUGCUCACCCAUUCUUCCCUGCUCACCCAUUCUUCCCUGCUCACCCCUUCUUCCCUGCUCACCCAUUCUUCCCUGCUCACCCCUUCUUCCCUGCUCACCCCUUCGUCCCUGCUCACCCCUUCUUCCCUGCUCACCCCUUCUUCCCUGCUCACCCCUUCUUCCCUCCCUGCUCAACCAUUCUUCCCUGCUCACCCCUUCUUCCCUGCUCACCCCUUCUUCCCUUCUCACCCCUUCUUCCCUGCUCACCCCUUCUUCCCUUCUCACCCCUUCUUCCCUGCUCACCCCUUCUUCCCUGCUCACCCCUUCUUCCCUGCUCACCCCUUCUUCCCUGCUCACCCAUUCUUCCCUGCUCACCCAUUCUUCCCUGCUCACCCAUUCUUCCCUGCUCACCCAUUCUUCCCUGCUCACCCAUUCUUCCCUGCUCACCCCUUCUUCCCUGCUCACCCAUUCUUCCCUGCUCACCCAUUCUUCCCUGCUCACCCCUUCUUCCCUGCUCACCCCUUCUUCCCUGCUCACCCAUUCUUCCCUGCUCAACCCUUCUUCCGUGCUCACCCCUUCCUCCCACCAGCAUCGCCUCUCCCAUCACCUUCCUCCCCACGCCUCUCCCAUCACCUUCCUCCCACCAGCAUCGCCACACCGCCUGGCAGGCCACCCUUUGGCUCUCUCGCCCUUAUAGGAUCUUUCAACUUUGCCCUUUCGCGUUUCGAUCCCCUCCCCACUCUGCUUGACUUGCUUUCCCUCCCCACUCUGCUUGACUUGCUUUCCCUCCCCACUCUGCUUGACUUGCUUUCCCUCCCCACUCUUCACUUGAAACGCUCUUUAACCUUUCUUUUCCUCCUUCUUUUCCUCCUUCUUUUCCUCCUUCUUUUCCUCCUUCUUUUCCUCCUUCUUUUCCUCCUUCUUUUCCUCCUUCUUUUCCUCCUUCUUUUCCUCUUUCUUUUCCUCCUUCUUUUCCUCCUUCUUUUCCUCCUUCUUUUCCUCCUUCUUUUCCUCCUUCUUUUCCUCCUUGUUUUCCUCCUUCUUUUCCUCCUUCUUUUCCUCCUUCUUUUCGUCCCUAAACUGUGUCUCCCCCUUCCCGUUUUCUUCCGUCGCCUCCUCUUCCCUUCCUCCCCCCCGCUUUCCCUCGUCUUCUCUCCGUCUGCCCUGCAGUCUGGCGCAAUUGCUUGCAGGCUGCGCAAUCCACUACCAACCAUCUCUCAACAAUCCCAUUCUCGUCUUCCCUUCCCCUUUUUACCCUCACGAUUCCUCCGCUUCUUUGCUCAGCCUCCCUCGCUCCCUGGCGCAAGUGCUAGCUGGCGAUGCAAUCAAGCAUGCGACCCCGCUGACCGAUCGCAUGCUGACAACUGGCAGACAGCUGGAGCUCUUCACCGUCUCCAGCGCUAUGAAGCGGAGCAAGUGAGAGAUCUGGACAUUCAUCUCACCCUGCACUCCGUGUCUGCCAAGGUGCGCUCUCUCCCUUGCCCUCCUUCCCACUCACUGUGUCCCACACUCAUGCGCUGGCGCCACACGGCUGUCAUCGCCGCCACGUCAGCACCAUCCACCGCGCUGGCUGUCGCCGCAGACCGCCUCUUCUCCCAACCGAAAUCCACGCUGGCAGCAGCAGCCGCAUUGACAGCUGGCGCCGCGCUACUGGACCUGGUCCUCCUGGGGGGCGGCGUGCCUUGGCUUUUCCACCCGGCGUCGACCGCUUGGUGGAUGACAGUUGGCGCGCUCUCAUUGGCCGCUGGGUGGCUUGCCAGGGUGUCCCCUCGGCUCGCUUUGGCCUCUUACCCCAAGUUGGCCUCUUACCCCAAGUUGCCCUCUUACCCCAAGUUGCCGGCUGCCUCCAUUCUCAAGUUCGGCAACUUCCGGGUCUUUCGCCGAGCCUUUGUGAGUCCGGAGGACGUGUGGAGGGAGUUUGAGCGCAUGGCUCGGGGAGGAGCCUCAUCCUGGCCUGGACGGCAGGCGAGUCAGCAGGAGAUCAAAUCUGCGUUCCGCCAGCUGGCGAUGGAGACGCACCCUGACAGGCAGCCUGACGAGGACAAGAGGCGGGCAGCGGAGGAGCGGUUUAAGAGGAUUGCAGAGGCGUAUGAGGUGCUAAGGGAUCCCGGCAAGCGCAGUGCGUAUGACAGCGGUGCACUGUGA